AUGCAGUUGUCUGACACUUUGGCUCUAGUCGGAGGGUUGUCAGUGCUGUGGAACCUGCUCAGGCUGCUCUGGAGAUGCUGGAGAGGGUUCAGACAAUAUAUUUUAUCUCAGUUUUGGCAAGUGGAUUUAAGAGGAUAUGGCCAAUGGGCUGUGGUGACAGGUGCGACCUCUGGCAUUGGCAAAGCUUACGCUAUGGAGCUCGCCCGCAGAGGUCUGGAUAUUGUACUGGUCAGUCGAUCAGAAGAUAAGCUUCAGACAGCGGCUAAAGUAAUAGAGGAGAUUUAUGGCCGAAAGACAUGCACCAUCAGGGUGGACUUUACUGAUGGACAUAUCAUCUAUCCUAAAAUUGCCAACGUGCUGAAAGAUCUGGAAGUUGGCAUCCUGGUUAAUAAUGUAGGAAUGACCUACUCUGAACACUUUGCCUAUUUCCUGGAGACAUCUGAUGCUCACAAGAAAAUCACCAACAUUGUCAACUGUAACAUGCUGUCUAUCGCUCAGAUGAGCAAGCUUGUUCUGCCACACAUGGUUAAGAGAGGGCAUGGUUUAAUUAUUAACAUUUCAUCUGAAACUGGUGUCCGUCCACAUCCUUUGGUCUCUCUUUAUUCUGCAACAAAACUUUUUGUCACAUAUUUUUCUCAAUGUCUUCAUGCGGAGUAUAAAUCAAAGGGCAUCAUUGUUCAGUGUGUGACCCCUUUAUUGGUGUCGACUAGCAUGACUAGACACACGCCCGUCAACUGCUUCACAAAAAGUGCUCAAGGAUUCGCUAAUGAAGCUUUAAACACUGUGGGUUAUUCCGCCUACACCAGUGGUUGUCUGUCCCAUGCACUACAGAGUCUGACUCUCACUGUUCUGCUGCCUGACUGGUUGAGGAUGUCCUCCUUCUUCAUCCGACAGUUAAGAAAAACCUCAGACGUAAGCCCAUGUGAAAAUAACAAACAGAAGAUUCUGGAAAAGGAUGAAUAA